AUGAAGGCCACUGGAGGCCACAAAGGCCAGCCAAGAGUUCUGAGAGCCUGCGAUUCAUGCACAUACGCAAAGCAAAGGUGUGAUGGACAGCAACCGUGCCGGCGUUGCGCAGAGCGCAAGGAGGACUGUAAGUUCACCAAGGAAGUGCGAAAGCGCGGCCGGCGACCAAGAAACAGUCUCGGUCCCGUUCACCGGGCAGACGACAUGGAUGGGGACAGGGAAUCCCAAAAGACUCAGUCGGCAAGUCCUCAUGGCACGAUAUUUUCGAGCGGCACAUCGACGCAGGAGGGCCUUUCGGUCGAGUCGUCCCUGGAUCCCCGGUCCUAUCUGACAAGCCCUCCUGGAGCGGACAAAUCGUCAGGAAAGGAUCUAGUGUAUCAGAAACGCGACGACUUCUUGAACGGGAUGUUCCCGACGCCAAAGACUAGCGUCCGACUUGAACCUCUCCAAAAUGUGAUGUCUCCCACUCAUAUUUCUCUCGACCAUCGUGGAUCGCUACCAAGCAUUCACCAGGCAGUCUUUGAUAAUGUUCCCGGACCGCGUUCCGAUCCAUUCACUCUACGGACACCCUACCGCUGCCUAGAAUCAGUUCUUCCUCGCUUGAGUGGCAUCCUUCUCGCCGAAGAAGCAUCUGAGAUGGUAGAAAUAUUCUUCAAUGAAAAGCACAAUUCCAUGUUCAAAUCUACGUCACCUUACAUGCUGGCUCAUGUAUUGCAUCCUUCCUCGGUCCUUCAUCCUACGGAUGCACGUCCAACUUCACCUGCCCUCAUCGCAGUCAUCCUCUUUUGCGUCACGCAAACUGCGGAUAUGCGGAUAUUCGAUACACCAGGUGCUCGGGAGCGCACGAGUGUUGACUUGUACCGGCUGUCAAUGGACCUGCUUCAGUCAGAAGACCCGGACAACUACUUUAGAUCAUCGGAUGGGUGGCAAUUUCAUCCUCAUCCCAGCACCGGCCCACCAAGCAACUCUCAUACAGCACCCGACCGGCAAAGUAGCGGCACGGCCCUUUUGCCGCGCCAACUCGGCUCAACCGAUACAAUCUUGGCUGUAGCAAUCUUGACUAUCGUGAUCUCUGGGGGACAUUAUAAGGCGGAUGCGCUCAAAUGGCGGGACAAGCUGAUCCGGCUCGUGCGAGCAAGUGGACUCAGCAUGGAAGACCAGGACAUCGAUCUUGGUCCAGUAUUCUGCGGACUUUAUAAUGGCGAUGCCACUUUUCGGAGAUGGAUGGUCGCCAAAGAAGAGCGUAGGCGGCUGUUCUGGCUUAUAUACUGUCUAGAUCGUCAUUUGGCCUUAUCUUUCAACAUGCGUACAAGCAUUGCCGAGGGGACCUUUUGUGUCCGGACGCCCUUGCCCGAGAAGCUGUGGCAAACGCUUGACACGGUCGAUCUGAACAAUGUCCCUGCAAACGGACUCGGCCCCCCAUCACAGAUUUCAGGGACCGGGUUCUUCGAAUACUUUCUACCCUUGGCAAGGGUCUUGGGUCAUAUUAUUGAUCUCCACCACCUCAAGGCCCAUCCCACGCUAGGGCGGUUCAUCCCACUCGAAGCCAUCCAGCAUAUCGAGACCAUGAUUGCACAGCGAGAACAGGAAGUCAACGAUCUGGAGAAUCACGCGGAACCGACUUACCCCAAUGAUAGUGCUGCGCGGUCUCAUCCUCCAUCGUCCGACGCGGGAAUACCUCCCCGGGUCGAUUCCUACGGAUCUCCCUCGGCGACCAUGACAAAGGACUCCAAGGUUCAACUGGUCAAGAUCUACAGCAGCUACCUACUGCACGUCUUCUACAUCCUUCUGCAUGGGAAAUGGGAUCCUAUUUCCAUGAUAGAAGACCGGGACGAUUGGAUUACUUCGGAGAGCUUCGUGACAUGUGCUUCGCAUGCCCUGAGCGCGUCGGGGGUCGUCUCACAGAUUCUCACCAUCGAUCCGGAGAUGACUUUUAUGCCAUACCUUUUCGGCAUCUAUCUGCUGCAGGGAAGUUUCAUCCUUCUUCUUUUUGUGGAUCGCAUGCCAGAACUGGGACCCAACCGUUCUGUGGAAGAGGUCUGCGAAACGAUCAUCCGGGCCCAUGAAGUCAGCGUCGUUACCCUCGAUACAACCUUCCAAUGCGCCCUUCUAAUCCUUGUGUUUGGGCAGAAAAAUUUCCGCAAAGUCUUCCGAUCAAUGCUGUACGAUGUCCAGCAAGCUGGACCGCACUCGUGGGAUGAGCACAAGGCUCGACGCAGAGAGUUACUCUCAUUAUAUCGAUGGACACCGCUGGCGCAAGGUCUUGCAUAUUGA